AUGGAUCUUGAUCUCAUAGUCCAGAAUGCAACGAUAGUCACAGCAACAGAAGUACUACAACCUGGUCUUUCAAUCGGCAUCAAAGCAGGCAUUAUUGUCGCCAUUGCCCUCUUCCUCCCAGCAGGCCCUCAAACGACGGUCAUCGAUGCAGAGGGCGCCUAUGUGACUCCUGGCGGCGUGGAUACUCACGUUCAUCUGGACCAGGACAAUGCUCCUACGGGCGACAAAUGGCUUAGUGGAUCACGUUCCGCCCUGGCUGGGGGGAACACCACAAUCCUCGCCUUCGCAACACAGAGGCGCACUGACGAAUCUUUGUUCCCUGUCGUGGAAGAAUACCACAACCGGGCUAGAAACCAGAGUUAUGUGGACUACGGGUUCCAUUUGAUCUUGACCAGGCCUACAGAGUCAAUCCUGGAAAACGAGCUGCAGGUGAUGGUCGAGCGUGAAGGAAUAACUAGUGUUAAGCUCUACAUGACUUAUCCGGCCAUGAAGCUCGGCGACGGAGAUAUGCUGGAAAUUAUGAUGCGAGCGAGACAGUUGGGAAUGACCACCAUGAUACAUGCCGAGAACAGUGACAUGAUUGACAUGAUUACCACGCGCCUGCUCAAGUACCACCGCACUCAGCCCAAGUACCAUGCGAUCGCGCGCCCACAGAUCGCCGAGGCUGAAGCGACCAACCGGGCCAUCUCCCUUGCGACAGUAGCGUCCACCCCAAUCUUGAUCGUCCACAUGUCUUCGCCAGUCGCGUUGUCCCACGCCCGCAAAGCACAAUCCAAGUCUCUGCUACCCGUUCAUGCUGAGACGUGCCCGCAUUACCUGUACCUUCUGUCAUCGCAGCUGGCGGCGACGAGCAUCGCAACGCUGGACGAGCACGGCCACAGUCACGAGCUAGAGGACGAAUGGGCCGGGGCGAGGCACGUAUGCGCUCCUCCAUUACGCCACUCUGAAGACGACCUACAAAGCGUAUGGGAUAGUGUGAACAACGGCACCAUCACCGUUAUAUCGUCUGACCAUGCUCCUUCCCUAUACAACUCCGCCGGGGGCAAAAGAAAACCUUUAGUUGACGCGAAGGCGACGAAUUCUGUACCCACGUUCGUGCAGAUCCCUAAUGGUCUCCCCGGCGUUGAGACAAGGCUACCGAUCCUGUUCUCCGCGGCGACUGAUACUUCGGCGCCCGCAGCAAGGCGGCUGUCGCUGCCGAGGUUUGUGGAACUCACUUCGACUAAUCCGGCAAAGAUGUACGGUCUCGCGGGCAAAAAGGGCAGCAUUGCACCAGGAUACGAUGCUGACUUGGUCAUCUGGUACCCGAGUGGCCAUGCGGAUGCUGCGACGACAGUCUCGAAUGGACUGCUCCAUCAUUGUAUUGACUAUACGCCGUUUGAGGGCAUUAAAGUGUGCAAUUGGCCGAGAUUUGUGGUGUUGAGGGGCGAGGUGAAAUGGAACAGAGACGUAGAGCUUAGCCAGGGACAUGGAGAAGGCAUCCUGGGGCAGCCAACCGAUGGACAGUUCUUGAAGAGAGCAAAAGGCCAGGUGCUGGUGGGAAGGCUGGGUCAAACGCCACCAGGGAUGAUGGCGGGAGAGCUAAAUGAGUGGAUGGAACCCGUACCGUAA